AUGGAAAACAACCGACAUCCAAGAGUAUUCUACGGAAAUGAAACCGUCACACGAGUCAUGGAAGACCAUGCUCAAGCCCCAAAAUCACACUGUCCUAAUACGACGCCCGUCCACUGCCGAGGUACAUGGGAUAUCUUCACAAUAUCCAACUUGCUCACAUUGCCAGACUGCUUUUCGUCCAUACCAAAGGCGGCAUCUACGCAGACCUAG